GCGCAUCGCGGGGCGCGGCGCGCGAGGUUAGGUGCAGGAGCGUUGGCUUGGCGUGUCGCUCCGCCGGUUCUGACCCACCACGCCUGGGCGCGGCACGUUGUCCGCGCCCCCACUCCCAGGCGCCAACGUCUCGAGCCUUGCCCAGCCUCGCACCCCGCCGAGCGGAGCGGCACGCCAUCCGUUUGCAGGGGAUGCCCAGGAGGCUGCAGCCCCUGGAGGAGUCCUUCUCUAACGAGGGCGGCGGCGAUAUCCAAGGUCAUCCACGAGUGGAGUUCCACUGGCUUCCAGGCCCUGGGUUCGUGAUCCACGGUUCCAUAUCCGAUGCCUUCACCGUCUCGUGCCGCCGGGGCCGCCGCCGACACGCUGAGCACAAGUUCCCAACCGUGGGUGCUCAGACCUUGCAGUCGCGGGCGUGGGCGACCAGACGCCGAGGCCAACAGCCCGCGCCCACCAGGGGUGAAGGCCUGGCGCUGCAGGCCACCGGCAUGCAGCCGACCUACGUCCCCAACCCGACGCACAAGGAGACGAAGAGGAACCGGAAGGUGAAGGUCAUGGCGCGGAUGCCAUGCCAGUGGUUUUCUACGGCUGAGAUAAUGCGCCGCAUCGUCACGGUGCUCAUCCACAACAACGAGGAGAAGUUCCGGGACGCGCCCAUGAGGACCAAGGACCUCAUGAAGGAGAUAGGCCUCACCGGUUACCAGAUGAAGAUCAAGCGAUACGUUAACGAAGCGUUGUAUUUGCUUCUGGGGCAGAAGGUGAUCUUCAAGGCGAAGACUAGCCCCAUCAGGUGGGAGCUCCACGAGGAGUAUAGGAAGGAUGGACUGCCGCCCAUCAGCAAGAACAAGCGCAAGCCUUGGGCGCUGAGCUGGCUGCUGCAGUUUGAGCGCACGAAGAAGCCCAAGUACGGCCCCGUCCAUGGCGAGUACAGGAACCGCCCGUGGGUUCCCUUCGCGAAGAGGGGAGAGCAAUGGGAGUGCCAGAACUGCGGGUUCAUUGAACAGGGAAAACUUCCCACGUGUACCAAGUGCAGGAUCGGGCAGACCCCGCACAUCACUCAAGAAAUGAUUGAGACCAUGGAGAUCUGAGGGCCAGCUCGCCCAGAUGCCCUGGGCAAAUGCUGGCGCCAUCGCCUCUGGCGGCCCCGCUGCCUGCGGUCACCUGCCCAUCGGUGCCUUCUCCUGCCACGUCCUCGUUCCCAAGCCGCUUGUAGGCCGGUGGGGCUUCCUGAGCUCCUUUUUCGCAGGAGUCUCGAGAGAGGAGUGACUAAAACGCACAUCUCGUCAUGGAUGAGUGGGGCGUCUCCUGCCCUCUUCUUUCUCCCCCUCUCUCCGCGAGCACUUUCGCUGUCUUUCCCUAUGCCUGCUUGCUUGGUUGCCAGUCAGGCAGACCAAGCUCCGUGGUGGCCUCGCCCGUCUUAGGGGCAGCGGCCAGACAGUCCAUACUCAUAUUGG